CCACACAGUCACUUCCUGUUGUCGUGUAAACAGUGAAGAGAUGAAUGAUGGCUGGAACCGCUUUAAAAAGAUUAAUGGCAGAAUAUAAACAAUUGACUCUGAAUCCUCCAGAAGGAAUCGUAGCAGGUCCAGUCAACGAGGAGAACUUCUUCGAGUGGGAGGCCUUAAUCAUGGGACCGGAGGACACAUGUUUUGAGGGAGGGGUCUUUCCUGCCAUCCUCAGUUUCCCCUCUGAUUACCCCCUCAGUCCCCCGAAGAUGAAGUUCACCUGUGAGAUGUUCCACCCCAACAUUUACCCAGAUGGACGGGUGUGUAUUUCGAUCCUACAUGCCCCCGGUGAUGAUCCGAUGGGGUACGAGAGCAGCGCUGAGAGGUGGAGUCCUGUACAGAGUGUAGAGAAAAUCCUACUGAGUGUGAUCAGCAUGCUCGCAGAACCGAAUGAUGAAAGUGGGGCGAAUGUCGACGCAUCGAAGAUGUGGAGAGAGGAUCGAGAGCAGUUUAACGCCCUCGCUAAAAAGAUCGUCCGCAAAUCCCUCAGCCUCUAACACACACACACACACACACACACCAUAAUAAGCACUUUAUCGGACUGAGUGGGUGGACAGACAGACGAGUGGAAGGACAGACGGUGGGACAGACUUACG